GUCCAUCCGAAAAAUAAUUUGCGAUGAAGUUUAUCAAUUGAAACGAAAAUAUCCUAGUUUUAAUCCUCGACUUGCAAUUGUUCAAGUUGGAAAUAGGGAAGAUUCUGCUGCAUAUGUGAGACAGAAAGAACAAGCCGCCAAAGAGGCUGGAAUUGAUUUUAUUUUACAAAAAAAAAACGAAUCAAUUACAUCGGAGGAGCUUUUGAGAUUGGUUCAUGAAUUAAACUAUGAUCCAUCUAUUCAUGGCGUGUUGGUUCAGCUUCCUUUACCGGAACAUAUCGAUGAAAGAUGUAUUAUUGAAGCCAUUGAUCCAAAAAAAGAUGUCGAUGGAUUUCAUGCAUAUAAUAUCGGAAGGUUGGCUAAGAGAAAUUGCGAUCCUCUAUUUUUACCAUGCACUCCCAAAGGAAUCAUCGAAUUAUUGAAUCAAACUGAAAUUAUUAUUUCAAGUAAGCGCACCGUUGUGGUCGGCCGUAGUGAUAUUGUGGGAUUUCCCAUGUUUACACUCCUACAAAAAAGAAAUGCUACGGUUACAUUGUGUCAUUCAAUGACUGCAAACCUUCCUGAGAUUGUCAAAUCAGCUGAAAUCCUAGUGGUGGCUAUUGGAAAAGCAGAGUUCAUAAAGGGCGAUUGGAUAAGUCCCGGUGCAGUAGUCAUUGAUGUUGGAACCAAUGCGAUUAAAGAUUCCACAAAAAAAGCAGGCAUUCGAUGGGUAGGCGAUGUAGAAUUUUCAUCCGCCUCUGCAGUAGCGUCAUACAUAACACCAGUUCCUGGUGGUGUAGGUCCGAUGACAGUUGCAAUGUUGUUACAAAAUACAGUGGAAAGUGCCAAAAGGUUUCUAAAAGAAAGUAACGAACGUAAGAUAUCCACAUUGGCCUUGAAACGAGUU